CACAACGCGCCCAAAAAAAUUGAUAAGAUAAGCCGCAAAAGAGCCUUUUUCCCAACAGCACCGCAAGGUCUUAGGACCAGAUCAAACCCGGAACGGACAGCGCAUUAUUUCUACAAUUCUCCAGGCAAUACCCACCAAACUCGUAUAGCGCAUUUAUCUUACAGCUCAAAAGAAAAGGCGCAAAACCCUACCUCUAACUGCACGGGCCCGCAACCUGCGGCCGAUUCCCUCCGCCUCCGCCGCUGCAACCAUGUCAGACCCCGUCCUUUUCGAAGACACCUUUACCAUCACCUCCAUCAAUGCGCAAAAAUACGACCGUGUAGCGCGCAUCAGCUGUACCUCUUCCGACAACCUGACAACUUUCACCCUCGAUGUGAACACAGAACUAUAUCCCGUCUCGACAGGAGAGUCAUUGUCCCUCGCGCUUGCGUCUACGCUUGCUCUCGAUGGAAAAGAUGAUAGCGCGGGUGGUAAAGGUGCUUGGAGGGAUGUUGGCAUGGGGGAGCAAACGCUGGCGAACGACUAUGACUACGUAUGCCAUGGGAAGGUGUAUCGGUUUGAAGAAGGGAAUACGGCGGAGAAUAUGUCUGUUUUCGUUUCGUUCGGAGGGCUUUUGCUCUACUUGGAAGGCCCAUAUAAGAAGCUUAAUCCGCUCAGGAUCGAUUAUAUCUACCUUCUGAUGAAAAAGUAGCGGAUAUAAACUCAUAUACCUAGGGAGAAAGUUCAAGUUUUUUUUUACUUGGUGACUUCAGCGCCUAUUCUCGAUGUGAUACACGCGCAUGACCAACCUGCGGAACCCAAUAGGUUCAAAUGAACGGAGAUGCAAAAAUUCAGUUAGAAUAAUAUUCUUUAGAGCUUGGGCAUUGAGCGUGGGCGUUUUCUCUCAUUCUUGUAGUUAUUAUUAUUAUAAUACCUGAAAAUAAAACUAGGACAAAGCUCGAAAGGGGUGUCUGUGAGAAAGAAACCAAACUUGUGUCAACUCUAUCAGGGCGUGCAACGGAAAGCCAAGCCAAAGAUAAAUGAUAGAGGGAAGCGGAAAGAAAACAAAAUGAAAAUAAAGAGAAACGAAGGUAAUGGAGAAAAAGGCUCCAUUUAGAGAUUCGGGUACCCGAGCUUUCGGUGCAUUCUAGAACAGAUCUCCUCAUAAUCAGACUCCCCUUCUGGUGUGAUAAACCCAUGUCUGACGAGGAAGUCGACAAUAACUAUUCCGCAGUUAGACUUGAAUUUACCCUUCUUCAGCUCCGUAAUAACGUCAUUGAUCGGCAUCAGAAUGAAAUUAGCCGCCUCGUUAUCAUUCGGCUUAAGAAUGACAUUGGCAGGAAGCUUGAGAUCGUAGAUAUAUUCGCAUUCCGGUUGCAAUAGCCCCUUUUCACCACCAGCAUCCGCACCCCGUUCGUAGAUGUAGCGUAAAGCACCGGUCGCUAUCGCGUUCUUCGCCACUUCCCUCGGGAUAGAUGCUUCCUCAUCGGCCUCCCGCAACAUGCAUUCAAACGGGGUUUCACCCGUUGCCAUACCACCGGCAACGCUGUUAUCCAACAUUCCCGGAAAUGUUGACUUUGUCUCCGAGCGUUUUGGG